ACAGAGAGCCUCAAAAAGGGCUGUUAGAGGUGGAAGAAUGUGUAUCAAAAGUCAGGUAUUGCUCUUCUAUUGCAUUGCAAGUGAAGUUUUGAUGGCAAAGCAGCUUGAAUCUAGAAGAAAUUUCCCCCAAGGACUUGACUCUGCUGGAGACAGCGGUUCUGCAAAGUGGAACAGGCUAAAAAGGAGUCUGUAUCAGGGAAGGUCCUGCAGGGUACGAGGCUGUUGCACAGGAAGAGAUGAUGACUGCAGCUUUAACAUCGUCUCCAAAGCAGCUAUCUGUUACUGUGACCAGUUCUGUGCCUCAGGUUCUCCUGGCCCUGUGGACUGUUGUGCUGACUACUGGGAUGUCUGCGACUACCCCGUUGAGCCCACCAGGUCAGAUGAGCCUUGGCCACCUCCAGCAUCAGGUUGUUAUAAAGAUGGCCGAUAUUAUGGAGAAGGAACAAUAAUUAAAGACAACUGCAAUUCCUGCAAAUGCUUCCAAAAUCUCUGGAAGUGUUCAAAAGAAGUAUGCCUUGUUCGCCAAGACUUAAUUCAGCGCAUCAAUUCUGGAGAUUAUGGAUGGAAAGCUGACAACUACAGUCAGUUCUGGGGAAUGACAGUGGAAGAAGGUUUCAAAAAGCGCCUGGGCACCUUCCCUCCAUCGCAUUCCUUGCUGAAUAUGAGAGAAGCUCCAGGAAACUCCCUUCCAGAAGAAAAAUUUCCUGCAUUUUUUGCAGCCAGUUAUGCAUGGCCUGAGUGGAUUCACGAUCCUCUGGAUCAACGAAAUUGUGGAGCAUCCUGGGCUUUUUCAACUGCAAGUGUUGCGGCAGAUAGAAUAGCAAUUCAUUCCAAGGGUGAGAUCACAGACAACCUUUCCGCUCAGAAUUUGAUCUCUUGUGAUACCAGAAAUCAACAUGGGUGUAGUGGUGGAAGUAUUGAUGGUGCUUGGAGAUAUCUGAAAACACAUGGGGUUGUAUCCUAUGCUUGUUAUCCAUCGUUUUGGAACGAUCACCUGCAGCCAUCAGGUGAAAAUCACUGUUAUGUGUCAGGUGAAUAUGGAAAAAACUAUACAAAUGGGCCAUGUCCCAAUGCUUUAGAAGAAUCCAAUCGGUUAUAUAGGUGUGCCUCUCACUACAGGGUCUCCUCAAAUGAAACCAACAUAAUGCAAGAAAUCAAGGACAAAGGACCAGUGCAAGCUAUAAUGAAAGUAUAUGAAGAUUUUUUCCUUUACAAAGAGGGAAUCUAUAGACACUCCCAGAAAGCAGGAUCUAAAUGGAAAACUCAUUCAGUCAAACUCCUUGGGUGGGGAGCAUUAGCUGACAAAAAUGGACAGAAACAGAAGUUCUGGAUUGCUGCAAAUUCCUGGGGAAAAUCUUGGGGAGAAAAUGGUUAUUUUAGGAUUCUACGUGGACAAAAUGAGUGUGAUAUUGAGAAGCUGAUUUUAGCUACUUUGGGAUAGCCAUAGUCUUCUACUCAAAUUGUAAUGUACCAUACUUUAUAUAUCUACACUUUACAUUGUUGCAUGUUGAGUCUUUCUAGACAAAUAAAAA